AUGGCGUUUAGUUGUUUUUCUAAAGUAAUGAAUAUUGCAUCAAAAAAUACCCACUAUUUUUGUAAUACGGUUUUUAAUAAGUUAUGCAAUUCUCAACUGAAUAAUAUGAAAAGUUAUUUUUCCACUGCUAUGGCAACUAUUCAACCUAUCGAUGAUAAAACUACUGAUUAUGGGAAAAUUUUAGAAACUGUUAAAAAAUGCUCUUCUCAAGAUAUUUCAGAUAACAAAGUGUUUGCAGUAGUACACAUUGGUGGUAAACAAUUUAAAAUAGCAAGCAAUGAUGUCAUAAUGAUUCAUAAAAAAAUAGAAGCUGAGUGCGGUGAUAUUAUACGACUAGAAAAAGUUUUGGCAAUUGGGGGGCGCAACUUUACUCUUAUUGGUCAGCCCCUUUUAAAACGUGACUUGGCAACUGUUGAAGGUGUUGUAGUUGAAAAGACCAAAGGUGAAAAAAAAAUUGCAUUUAAAAAAAAGCGUAGAAAGAACUAUAAAAGAUGGCAUGGUCAUCGUCAGGAUCUUUCUGUAAUUAAAAUCAAAAAGAUUUCAUUUGAUAUUGAACAAGUUUGAUGGUUAUUUUAGAAUAAAAUUUCUUUAUUA